UUAGCCUUCAUUCAAGAAUAUGAAUAUAUAAUAAUUAUAAUCCUUUUUCACCACACAAAUGGGAUGGGUGGGGGUGGCUGAAAAUAACAUUUAGCUAGGGUCCAGCACACGUGACAACCUGUAAACAAGUCGGAGGGUGUCAGCUACAUGUAUGCGAGAGAUUCUAACUCUUUCACCACGACAGGCCGGUUUACCGGCUAGCGAUAUCUAGUGCCUCUCAGCACGACAGGCCGGUUUAGCGGCUUGUAACACCUGUUCAUAUUUGGCGCCGAGUGACGCGUCAAUAUUAUAAUUAGACAAAAUCUCGCGCGACCAUAGCUGCCAUGUGACACACUGUAAUGGCUGCUCCCAUGUUCUAGCGAAUUUUGAAUGAGUUUUUCCAAGUUUAUACUGAUAUUCUGACUGUAAUUAAACAUGAACCGAAGUGACGAAAUUUCGUCUGUUGAAAACAAUGGUAGCGAUUCAGAUGAAUGGUUUUCCGAUGAUGAAAUGUGGGCCUGAGUUUACCUGGACACAUGAGCCAUAUUCGGUUACCUGCAGAUCAACGUUUACUAAAAAUCCGGGGCCCGUAAAAGUGUUUGACGUCAACACAAACGCCAUAGAGUACUUUUCGCUAUUUGCAACAACAUCAGGAGUUGUAAACGGCUUUGCUAAAACAAUAUAAAGAAUAGUCCUACUGAAGUAAAUGUGAUUACGGUUUCUCUCGAUGGCAAAUUUGGCAUUAAAGAGUACUUUCACUGAGCUUGGACAAGAAGAUCCGGAUUUCGUUCACUUAGACGACAGAUAUAAAUGUUGUUAUUGCAAACAUGUUCUUCGCAAUUCAAUGCAAACAAGAUGUGGACAUAGUCUGUGUGAGAAAUGUGUGGAUGAAAUCUUUGCCAGCGGGGAACCAAUUGACUGUCCAGCUGCUGAAGAAGACUGUGAACGCCUGAAACGAAAUGAUAUUUCUCCUGAUUAUGGUGUCCGGAGAGAAAUCCAGAACCUGUCUAUUCAUUGCAAGAAUUCCAGUAUAGGAUGUGUUUUUUGUGCACCCUGGAAAGAUAUUGAGCAACAUGAAGAAAACGAUUGUCCAGAAGGACAGAUCCUUUGUCCGUUUGACUGUGGAGCACCUCAGAUGAAGCGAAAAGAGUUGACAGAACACUUGAUGUCAUGCACUAGAAAACCACUGGAUUGUAAAUUCAAGACCCUUGGUUGUACCUUCACUGGUAGUGCUGAUGAACUAGCCCAACAUGAACGAGAGCAUGUUUCUGAUCAUCUAGAAUUGAUAACCGUGUAUGCAGGAAGUAUGGAUUUACAGCGCAAUAACAUAAGAGAAAGACUUGAGGAACUGACCUUGGAGCGGGAAGACUUGAUGAAACAACUCUCUGAAUGUCGUCAAGAAAAUGAGUACUUAAAGAAUUCCAUAAAGAAUUUGGAGAAGAUUGUCAAAGAUACCAGGCUGAAAAUCAUGGGCCACACUAAGCAAUUGUUCACAAUGGAGCAGAGAAUGGAGGAGCUGCCACGCAAAGAAAGGUUUGAGGAGCACUCGCGCGACUUGGCAACCAUAAAAGAGAAGACGGACAGAUUACAACAACAAAUCUUGUCAAUGGACGGGGAUGCAACUGUUUCCGGAUACGGAACCCUUAAUGCUAUGGCAGAUGCAUUAACGACUCAGCUGGCUGCUCAUGACAGGCAGAUUGGCAUUCACGAUGUGAGAAUUGCCGAGAUGGAUCUGAGAUUUCAGAUCUUGGAACCUGCCAACUACGAGGGCGUGCUAGUGUGGAAGAUAAAAGAUUACAUGAGGCAAAAACAGGAAGCGAUAAACGGCAGAACCCUGUCGCUGUACAGCCAGCCGUUCUACACGUCGCAGUACGGCUACAAGAUGUGUGCCCAAGUCUACUUGAAUGGAGACCGGAAGGGUAAAAGCAUGCACAUCUCGUUGUUUUUUGUAUUAAUGCGAGGUGAGUACGACGCCUUAAUGCCCUGGCCGUUCCAGCGAAAGGUAACACUCUACCUGCUGGACCAGGCACGAAGGGGUCCUCACAUGAACGAUCUGUCGGAACAUUUCCACCCGGAUCCGAACAGCAGCAUCUUCAAACAGCCCACCUUGAUGAUGAAUAUUGCCUUGAAUUGUCCACUGGUUGUAACACAUUUGGUGGUGGAAAACCCACACAAUAAUUACCUGAAGGAUGACACCAUCAUCAUCAAAGUGGUGGUAGAAAAUGUCGCUCCUAUUAUGCAGUAACCAUAUCGCACUGUUCUCGCUGAGUGAAAAUUAAAAAAUAAAAAAAAAGUGAGAAAGAAAAGAAAGUGUAGUGUAGUGUUGCACAGCUGUACUAAAUAUUUGUGGUUGUGAUCUGAACAUUAAUCUUAGUUAACAGCUGUAGAAAUUAUGUGCUAUUAAUAAGUAGCUCAGGUGGCUAGUUCUCCUCGAUCUCAUAUAUAAAGAAAUGCAUAUAUAUAUAUAUAUAUAUAUAUAUAUAUACAUAACCAUGCUAGUAGCACAUAUAUUGCCUUGUCACUAUGAAAUACCUGCCAGUGUACAAAACCUUUGCUUGUUUUUUUUAUACUUGUGGUUGUACUAAACCAAAUAACUUCUGGCUGGGUGUUCAAGGUGCACCAAACUUUUGAUAGAGAAGUGAACACCACAAGUCCUGUGAUUGGUCAUAAA